AUGACCUCGCUCGACCCGACCCACGUCCCAGGCCUCGAGCGCGACGGCAACCCGCGCACCGGUCAAGCAGUGUACGACUCGGUCUCGCCCCUCCACUCGCUCUCGCACCACCUCGCCCACCAGGACCGCUCCUCCUCGUCGACCUCUCGCCGCACUCCGCCUCGACCACGCCCCACCGACAAAGACGACGACAGCGACAGCGACGACGACUGCGAUAGCGACGACGGCGUCCUCGACAAGGUCCCGAUCCCGCCCAUCCCCGACCUGCGCUUCGAGCAAGGCGUCCUCGCCUCGAUCCGCCCUUUCCUCCACCGCGCCGACGCCGACGCCGCCACCGACGAGGGCGACGCGACCGACGAGAAGAAGGGCAAGCUGCGCGCCGCCGAGAUGGGCGCGAUCGCGUCGGCCAACUUGACCGCCGAGGGCGGGCCAAAGGGCGAGAGCCCGAGCGACAUCUUCAUGGCCCCGCUCCGCGUCCAGUGGAGCCAGGUGUCGUACGUCCUCGUGCGGGAUCAGGUCGUCUUCCCGCUCCUCCAGGGCAUCCUGUGGGGCGUCGCCGGCUUCUACCUCUCGUCGGUCUGGGACUGGAACAAGGCGAGGCUCGCAGCCAAGUCGAGCGGGACCGCGCGGCCAAGCCUCUUGCGCAGCGUCGGGCUCGGAGCACGAUGA